AUGCUAUCAGACGACACAAUUCUCGACCUUUGGCAAGCCCAAGCUAACCGCCCACCCAUCGACACUCACCAUCCCGCCGUAAUAACACACCCAGUCACCGGGCUGAAUGCACUCAACAUCAAAUCGGGUUUCGUGACUGGCUUCGCAGAGCUGAAGAAAGUAGAAUCGGAUAAAAUCCUAGACUUCCUUGCGUACCAUAUUCAUUCGGGGGAUGAUCACGCUGUUCGGUGGAAAUGGGACGUUGGAAGUGUUGCUAUUUGGGACAAUCGUUGUACCCUGCUUCGAGUCAUUCCUGGUUCAUAUGAUGCCCCUUGA